AUGGGGUCGCUCAGCCGCGCCAUCGAGUACUCGAAUCCCAUUGUGCCAGGCUUCUCACCCGAUCCCUCUGUGGUAUUCGUCGACGGAACGUUCUUCCUCUGCACGUCGUCGUUUCAUGUCUUCCCAGGACUACCCAUAUACGCAUCGAGGGACUUAAAGGGAUGGACGCAUAUUGGAAAUGCGCUGAAUAGGCAAUCACAGCUCAGUCUGAAGAAAGCUGGAACCAUUCAUGUCACGCUUGACACCGGAUUUUCCCUUGUAGGAACUCUGGGCAUUGUUGCCCCGAGUAUCCACUACCACAAGGGAACCUUCUACAUUGUAACGACCAACACGGAUCACAGCGGGUCAUACCACUGCGCAAACUUUAUCAUUAGCACAGAGAACAUCUGGAGUAACAAAUGGAGUGACCCUGUCUACUUUGACUUCAACGGUAUUGACACCAGCCUAUUCUUCGAUGACGAUGACCGCGUCUACGUACAGGGGAGCUGGAUGUUGCGUCGCGAUAAACAACCCACCGCCAACAUUAAGCAAAUCGAAAUCGAUAUCACCACGGGCAAGGUCCUUUCAGAAGCCAAAGAAAUCUGGACUGGGUGGGCCAAAUACGAUACGGAAGGCCCGCACAUCUACAAGGUAGAUGGAUACUACUACCUGCUGGCUGCAGAAGGCGGUACCUUUGAGCACCACAUGCUCACCAUCGCAAGGUCCACCAACAUCUGGGGCCCAUAUGAAAGCGCGGAGACCAACCCUAUCAUGACUGCAGAUGGCAAGGAUGAGUACAUACAAAAUAUUGGCCACGGCGAUCUGUUCCAGGACUACGACGGCCGCUGGUGGGCCGCUGUCCUUGGCGUCAGGAAGCAGCAGGACGGGAACCUCGGUCUAAGCCGCGAAUCCUUCUUGUCCCCCGUUAACUGGCCCUCUGGUGAUUGGCCUGUGGUUCGCCAACCCAGGAUGAACUUCACGAGGGAGGCGUCGUUGUCCAUAGUCAGUCAUCCUCCGCUCACGGCGCCUCCGUUUGUCGAGGAUCUCUACAUCCGUGACUACGAUCCGUCCAAAUAUCGCCAUACCGACGACGGGAAGACCAUAACGCUCACCCCCAGUCGGACGGAUCUUACGUCCCCCGUAGAUACAUGCACGUUUCUUGGCAGCCGUCAGCGAUCUCUUGAUAGUAUAGCUUCUACUCGUAUCACGGUCAUCGAGGGACCUCUCGGCAAGAAUGUGCAGGCAGGUCUCGCACUGUACAAGGACCCAAUACGAUCCGCAUACAUCGCCUUUGACUUUGCCACGAAUUCACUAGUCUAUUCUAUCCACAACUCGGCGUCAGGUCUCAGCAGCCGUAUAUCCCGCAAUAUCAUCGGUAAAGUGGAGGAGGUGGAGUUGCGCAUCUCGGCGGCUCCGUUAAGGUACAGCUAUGCGGCCAAGAUUCGGUUGGCGGAGCCUGGUAGGGGGAGCGAAAAAGACUGGUUCGAAGUUGGGUCGAUGGAGUCUCUGGCUCUCGAUGCCAGGGACUUCACGGGACCUAUCCUCGGCGUGUUUGCACAUGCUGGGGACGGUGAGGCAGAGGCGGCAGAGGUGACCUUUAAGGGUUUCGAUUUCUUAGGCUGA